AAUAGGAGAUAGCUUCACGGGAUGGAUCCCAAAGAAGAGAUCAAAAAAAGAAUUUCAUACCCUGCAUUUCUUUCAAGUUGAUCUGAAAUUGGUCGCUGGUAUUAAAAUGGCCGCUAUCCAUGGAGUUGCUCGGGAAAUCCCACUCGAAAAGAUCUUUCUGGUCACCAGUGAAGAUGGAUUAGAGUGGAAACAGAGAAGACAUGCGAUUGAAACAGCGGUUGAUCGCAUCGACAGCGACACGGUUAUGGUCAUGAAAAGUUUAAAGUAUGAAGCCUUCGCUCGUUUUGUCCGGAUUGUUCUUCCUCCCUUUGACAAGCGAAUGAAGAUUGGGGAAGAAAUGCCCGGUUACAAAGUCGAGUUAUUCCACUGUUUAAACACUGGAAGUGUCUGGCAUGGAAACACUGUGCCUUCACCUAUUGGACUAGGGAUAGAAUCAGGUGCCAUCCCUGACAGCCAAUUUACGUCGACCUCUCAAUUGAGCCUAGAGUACGGAGCCCAGUUCUCGAGGCUGAACUCACGAACAGGUGGAGGGGCGUGGUGCGCUGCGUCAUGUGAUCCUUCUGUUUAUCUGCAGAUUGACUUGGGCCGAGUCCUUCUCAUUCGAGAGUUGGACGUGCAAAGCAAACAUGACGAUUCAGGAGGUACAAAUACUGUGCUGUCAUUCUUCUUGGAAAACAGUGCUGAUGGUGCAUCAUGGGAAUACUACAAGGCAAACGGAGCAAACAAGCUCUUCUUGGGAAGCACCUUGAGAAAUCUAGCAAUUCGACACAAGCUCUUGAUUCCAGUCAACGCGCGAUUCGUUCGGUUUCGACCCAAGACCUGCAUCAACCAGGCGUGUAUGAGAGCGGAAUUAUACUUCUACCCAGACUUCGGUAAAUUUAAAUGCUAA